AUGCCACCUCAUCAUUCAAGUACCACACAGGACCCUCAAGCCGGUCGUCCUGGACAUCUUACUCCAGGGCAGGAGCAUAUGGUUGAAAAGCUCCGUUUAGAUCUCAAACAAGCCGGCUAUUAUGCACCCGAACGACAUGAUGACGCUUGCUUGUGCCGAUUUCUUCGUGCUCGGAAAUGGGACUAUCAGGCUGCCAAGGACAUGAUGUUCGAAGCUGAAGUGUGGCGUCGCGAAUUCAAGGUGGAUGAGAUGUAUGAAUCAUUCACGUUCCCCGAGGCAGACGAAGUGGACAAGCUUUAUCCCAAGUACUACCACAAGACUGACAAAGAUGGACGGCCUGUCUAUGUUGAACAACUUGGCCACCUAGACUUGCACAAGCUUUUCAAGAUCACCUCACCGGAGCGACUUAUCCAGCAGCUCGUGUUUGAGUACGAGAAAUGCCAGCGCGAGCGGCUGCCCGUUUGUUCAGCGAUGCAAGGACGACUCGUUGAGACCAGCUGCACUAUCAUGGACCUGAAGAACGUUGGUAUCAGUCAAUUUUGGAAGGUAUCUUCGUAUGUGCAGCAAGCGAGUCGAAUUGGCCAGUAUUACUACCCAGAGACGAUGGGUCGCUUCUAUAUUAUCAAUGCGCCCUACAUCUUCACGACAGUGUGGGCUGUCGUAAAGGGUUGGUUGGACCCUGUUACUCGUGAGAAGAUUCAAAUUCUUGGAUCGCACUAUUUGGGUGAGUUGGCAAAGCAGAUCCCUAUGGAGAGCAUUCCUACAACGGUGGGCGGAAAGUGCCAGUGCCCUGCCGGAUGCUCGCGAUCAGAUGCAGGUCCUUGGAAUACACCUGAGGGCUUGGAAAUCAUCCAGAAGUCGAAGCAACAUCGUGAACUCGUCAAGAAAGACUACCUCAAUGGUAUUGAUGACAAUGAUCGUACUCAGAAGCAAGCGUUGCAAAGCGCGCCUACUGGCGUAGAAGCGUCAGAAACAAAUGCGGUGGCAGCGCCUGGGCAAUCAGCAAGCAGUGCUUCUACGCCAAUGGUGGCUUCAUCGACGGCUUUCCUGGAUUCUAAUACCGGUCUUGCUCCUCCGGUUACUAUGCCUCAACCUGCUGGUCCUGUGGUUCCUCCCAAGUAA